AGAGCAGACUUUGAAAAAUUCCAAGCCACUACGGAUUUAACAUUUACGUUGACCUUUUACAUGGAGGAUAUGAACCAUUGCAUCUUCGGACGAUGAUGGCUUGUUUGGAGUUCUUUGUAACUCUCUUCCCAUCCAAAUAAGUCCAGUUUAUUAUACAGAAUUAAACCCAUUCCAUUUCCAUAUGAUCUUGGCUUUUCGAAAGUUUAUGCAACCCCCGCCGCCCUCUCAAAUUCCUAAAAUGAAUCUAAAACUCGAACAAAGUUUUCUCUCCCUGAUCCUCACAGUCCUUAUGUUAAUAAGAAUCCCGAGUUAUUCGAGUCAAAAUGAUUCACAGUAUCAAACCUGUAGCCAGCCAUUUCAGUGUGGCAGCCUCAGGGAGAUAGGCUACCCAUUCUGGGGCGGCAACCGGCCCGUCUCCUGCGGCUACCCGGGCUUCCAGAUCAACUGCCAAUCCAACAUCCCCUUACUCAACAUAUCAUCAACAUUCUAUCGAGUGCUCAACGUUGAUAAGACGACUCGAACUCUCAGGAUUGCAAGAGAAGACCUGUGGGACACUAUUUGUCCUACGUUAUUCUUCAACACAACUUUGAAUUUCAGCCUGUUCGAUUUUUCCUCUGCUGCUAAUGACCAGAAUAUCACUCUGUACUAUGGCUGCGGCACGAAUCAGCUGCCCCCUGGAACGCCUGUCCCCUUUCAGUUCAGUUGCAACGUGAACGGAGUAAAUACCUUAAACUUUUACACGACGGCGGAAGCAUCCGGGCAGGGAAAUGGUGUCACAUGCAGCAGUAAUAUUUAUGUUCCGGUGAAUCGAAGGGCGGCCAGGGAUUUGACAAAUCUUGAGACUGCAUCGGCAAAUCUUUUACCGGACGCGCUUAGGAGCGGGUUUACGAUUCAGUGGUCGGCGAAUAAUGAUAACUGCAAUGGUUGCGCGAGAUCGGGAGGGUUGUGUGGGUAUAAUGAGGGCACGACGGCGUUUGCCUGCUACUGCACUGACCGGGUUCAUGAAUUCACUUGCGAUGAUUCCCGACCUGGAAACGGAUCUAGAAAGGUGCUUUCUGAUCUGCAGAUGUAUGUCAUAAUAGGGGUGUCACUUGGUAUUGCUGGUUUAGUUAUAUCAUCCAUCAUCAUUUUCUACAUAAGAAAACAAUUUAAACUGCAGGAGGCUGACCAAAAAAGUAAGCAAAACAUUGACAAGUUUCUACUCAGCCAUGGAUCUCUGGCUCCAAAGAGAUAUAACUACAGGGAAAUCAAGAAAAUAACUAAUUCCUUUGCAGAAAAGCUGGGGAAAGGAGGAUAUGGCAUUGUAUACAAAGGUAAGUUACCCAAUGGCCAGCUUGUUGCGGUUAAGGUCUUAACUGAGACUGAUAACAACACGGAAGAAUUCAUUAAUGAAGUUGCCAGUAUAAGUAGAACCUCCCAUGUAAACAUUGUCAAUCUACUGGGAUUUUGCUAUGACAGAAAGAAAAGAGUGUUAGUCUAUGAAUAUAUGCCAAACAAAUCAUUGGACAAGUUCAUCUGUAAGAGUGGAUCAAUUGAUCCAGGCUGUCAGUUGGAUUGGGAAACAUUGUAUGGGAUUGCAGUAGGCAUCGCCCGCGGUCUUGAGUAUCUACACAGAGGUUGCAACACAAGGAUUGUUCAUUUUGACAUCAAGCCUCAGAACAUUCUUUUGGACGAAGAGUUUUGCCCGAAAAUAUCUGAUUUUGGGCUUGCUAAAUUGUUCAAGAAGAAGCAGAGUAUAAUAUCAAUGCUUGGGGCAAGAGGGACUGUUGGCUACAUUGCUCCUGAGGUGUUCUCCAGAAAUUUCGGAGCAGUUUCUCACAAGUCUGAUGUGUAUAGCUACGGAAUGAUGCUUCUUGAAAUGGCUGGAGCAAGAAAUUUUGAUAAAAUUGAGGCAAUCCAAUCAAGUGAAGAUUAUUUUCCUGACAAAAUUUACGAGCACGUUGCGCUCAAGAACGAGAAAUUAGAUGAUCUCAUGACUGAAGAGCAAGAAGAAACUGCAAGAAAAAUGUUAUUGGUAGGGCUUUGGUGCAUUCAGACUGCUCCAUCAGACAGACCAGCAAUGACUAAGGUUGUGGAGAUGUUAGAAGGAAGUCUUGAGUCUAUAAAAAUUCCCCCAAAGCCAUUCCUUUCUUCUCCCAAGUUGUCAGGACCACAAUUUUCCUCUUCAGUUUCUGUAGAUGUAGAUAUAGAAAUAUGAGGACAAGGUUAGCAAAUUGGCUAACAAUCUGUUUAAUGUCCAAAGUCUCAGGCUACAUUGACUCAAUAAUUCAAGUCAUGGUGGAAUUAUGUUGUACAUUUUAAAAGUAUAUGUACCAAAAGGACAGAAACGUGAGCACAAGAAUUUGGUCCAGUUCUUCAGACUCCAGAUAUUCUGAUGCUUCAGAACCAAAUCCAUUCACUUUGCUUAAGUGAAUUCAAACAGGUUGUUCGGGCAACGGAUGAUAAUCAGAUAUAUUCUGCUACAUUGCAUGCAUUAUAUGAUCGUAAACAACAGGGGUAUGGGGGAUCACUAUCUUACCACAUAUUCAAUCGGAGAAAGGAGAAUCCCACUAAACGAUGCGG